AUGUCAAAACGAGGGCCAGAUGUGACAGACGAUCCAUCCGUGCCAUUGAAAUCUGGCGAACGUCCCGUGGCUGAUUCCCCUACUGACGAGGUGGGGGAAUUCGAAGACGAGUUUGAGGAUGAAUUUGAAAGUGAAGAUGAGAUUAUUGAGGCUGGCGUUGACGGGCGCCCAGAUGCAGAUAGGGAGGCAGAGGAGCAAAGGGAUGUUAUGGAAGUCGAUAAGCAGAUGUUCAUACCAGGGCGAACGAAGUUGGCUCCUGGAGAGACAUUGUCGCCAGACCCUUCCACAUACGAAAUGCUUCAUACCCUGAGCACGCCGUGGCCAUGCCUAUCGUUUGAUAUUGUAAAAGAUAAACUGGGUGACAACCGGAAAACAUACCCUGCCACCGUAUAUGCCGUAGCAGGAACCCAAGCAGAUGGGGCUCUUUCGAAGGAAAACGAGUUGAUGAUCCUCAAAUUGAGCGGACUUAGCAGGAUGGAGCGAGAGGACCAGGACUCGGACAGCGAUGAUGAUUCAGACGACGAAUCCUCAGAACCAAUCCUUGAGUCAAAAUCUAUCCCGCUGAACUCUACGACGAACAGAAUUCGUGCUCAUCAAAUCUCCUCGUCAUCCGGAGACUACUCCAAACCUCCACAAACCCUUACCGCAACCAUGCUUGAAAAUUCUCAUGUCGUAAUCCAUGACGUUACCGCCCAUCUUUCUAUGUUUGAUAACCCGGGUUCGAUCCUCCCACCCUCCUCCUCGAAACCCCUAUCUACUUUACGAAUGCACAAAUCAGAAGGAUAUGCCAUCGACUGGUCCCCUCUUCAACCCCUAGGAAAAUUGCUUACAGGCGACAACGACGGGUUGAUAUACGUCACUACUCGCACAGAGGGAGGCGGCUGGGUGACUGACACCCGCCCAUUCGUCGGACAUAAAUCUUCAGUGGAAGAACUCCAAUGGUCCCCCAACGAGCGCAACGUUUUCGCAUCCGCAAGCAGCGAUGGCAGUGUCAAGGUAUGGGAUAUCCGAUCCAAAUCUCGCAAGCCAGCAGUGGACGUCAAAAUCUCCAACACAGACGUGAACGUCAUGAGCUGGUCGCGGCAGACAUUCCACCUCCUUGCUACAGGAGCAGACGACGGCCAAUGGGGUGUGUGGGAUCUUCGACAUUGGAAGCCAAAUACCUCUGGAGGUGCUACAUCGCAGCUCAAACCAAAACCUGUAGCCUCGUUUGACUUCCAUAAGCAACCCAUCACAAGUAUAGAAUGGCAUCCGACAGAUGACAGUGUGGUUGCUGUUGGGUCUGCAGAUAAUACCCUGACCCUUUGGGACCUGGCCGUUGAACUGGACGAUGAGGAAAGUCGUGAAGCGGGUCUUGCCGAUGUCCCUCCUCAACUUCUCUUUGUGCAUUAUUUGGAAUCGGUGAAAGAGCUCCAUUGGCAAGCGCAAAUGCCUGGGACUAUUAUGGGGACUGGGAGCAGUGGGUUCGGGUAA